AUGGGCUUGUUCAAGCUUAAAAUUUGGCUUCCUUUGGCUAUAAUAACAUAUUUUAUGUAUACUUUGACGGUUGUAUGUCCUAUUUCCAAGGAAGCAAACAUAUUACCUGCGGAAGGUGUCUAUUAUUACACUUGUUCUUUUAGCAAUAACUACAUAAGACCUAUCUUCUUAAGUACUAUUGACCCUGUUUUGCAAGAAAAGGUGCAUCCUUUUUUUGAAAAUAAUGUUAGACCGGUAUUUGAGGAAAUAGAUGAUAAAAUCAACUUUCAACGAAAUUACCACCUGUUAGUACGGCAAGUCAAAAAGGUGGAGAGCAGCUACAAGGUAAGAUCUAAAUUUAAUGAUUUGUUAAAGGUUUUACAAGCAAAAUCUAUUAAUUUGUUCUACUUUAUCAAAGCAAGUACUUCUCCAACGUUAAUGGAUUGGAGCGAUAAGAUCGCGUUAGGAAUUCAGAAGCUUUAUAGAAUGAUAUCAACCCUUGUUCACCUGAGAGUAGCGCCAGCACAAUCUAAAAUCUCCGAACUAUUUUCUUGGGUUUUUGAGAAAUUAAACGUAAGUUAUUAUUGGAGCAUGGUAAAAGACGCCUACAAAAUCUUGUUAGAGAAGUCGAAUAAAAUUAACUUACAAGAGAGAACGAAGUUUAUUAGAAAUGAGCUUAAGAAUGUAAUGCAUUUUAAUGAAGUGAAGCAUGCAACAACGCAACAAUCAGAAAAUAUUGUUGAUGUUGUAAAGGAUAUCAUAAAUGAAUUUUCAGAAGAUGAAAGCGAAGAUCUUACAAUAAAAGUAACCUCUACAGUGACAGUGACGCGCGAACCUUCAUCUUUGACCUCAUUGCCAGAUCAGGUAGACCAAAGUAAAGUCAAAAUUGAUGCUGAGCUAGAUCGCUGGGGACAGAAGGUGCAAAAAACUUUAAGUCUUGCUGCUCGAAAUUUACAACUAGAUAUGGAUCCAGCAGUUGAAGAAGUUAUUAAUUCAAUUAAGUCACAAAUUUCUGAAAAACUUCAAAAUAUACAAGCUGAAAAUUUCAAAAGCUAUAAAGAACUAGAUAAAAUGAUACGUGAAAUAAAUAGGGAUUUUGAAAAAGUAAAAAGUUCAGAACAGAUUUCUGAAUCAGUUACAAGGCAAGAAGUUAGGGAUAUUUUCACUCAGGCAUAUCAGACUGACGAAAAUAUUGUUAAUGGGAUACGAGAAAUCAUUAAUCAAAGUCACAAAGGUAUAUUAACGAAAUACUUUGAUGUAGUACAAGAUACGAUCGAUAUCUUGGAAUCAUUUGCUGAACGGACAGUCUUAGAGUAUUCGAACAGAUUAUCGAACAUAAUAGAAGAACUUGAAAAAUCUAGCCCUCAUUAUGAUGACGAAUUAACGUGGAAUGGUUGGAAACGUUUCCAUAAAAUCAAAGAAGAGUUUUUUCAUGCGAGGGAUAUGUAUUAUAAUCAAGCAAGCGAUUACAAAGAUAACAGUGCUCUUAUUCCAAGUGGAUUGGAAAAAUGGGACGAGUAUUUGAAAAAAGUAGAGUUUCAUAUCAGCGCCUUACUUCGUGAGCAUGACGACUACUUGAAGAUAAUGAGAGCGAAGGCGAACGUGGCGUUCCAGUUGAGAGAAAGUGCAGUUAGUGAUUUGCAAAAGAGAGUGAACCAGACAAAUCCUGCAGAGAACACCAAAUCUCAUUCCUGGGGAUCCGACGUGGAACUAGAUGGGAGCGAUCGACUUGAAGAUGAUGCUACGUUGGAUAGUAAUAUUAGUGAUCUCUCUGAUAUUGAUGAUGUUGGUGAUACUGUUGAUGAAUAA